AUGGAAUCCGAUCGUUAUUUCGUUGGGCAGCGCUUAGUCUUGGACGGACUUCACUUGGGAACCGUGCGAUUCUAUGGAACUGUCGAAGGAGAAGACCCAAGCCAGACUUGGUUGGGCAUCGAAUGGGAUGACCCGAGUCGGGGCAAACACAGCGGCCGAUUCAAAGAUGGCCCUGUGCUCUUCCAAUCACUAAUUUCUAACUCGGCGACUUUCAUGAAACCAUCGAAAAGGUUGGGCAAUGGACGCUCGUUCUUAUCAGCGUUGAAAGAAAAAUAUGUGGAUGAGGACUUGCUCAAUUCAGGCCCAAGCCCAGGCGAGCCAGCGAAUGAUAUUCAAGCUGAAGAAGACGUCAUGCGCAAAGUUGCCAUGCGUUUUUCUCAAUUAGAUCGGUUGCGAUUGAUCGGCCUGGAGUCAUCGAAGAUCAACGGAGUGGGAAAUGAGCAGGAGAUCAAGGAACUUGAGGGCUUGCUUCCAUCCGUGGAGACUUUAAAUUUGUCUUCAAAUAUGUUUUCCGACUUGGCUGAAGUUGCUGCAAUUGCUGGAAAAUUACCUCGAUUGAAAACGCUUAUCUUGAGUUCAAACCGUUUUCAGUUCAUUCCCGAGACAAUAUCCGGCCUCUGCGGCGUAGAAAUACUGUAUCUGGAUUCAACACUCCUUACAUGGCAACAGAGCAUCAAGGUUGCUUCUCAGGCCAAAGCUCUUUCCGAACUUUCCCUCUCCAACUGCCGCAUUGGUUAUGACAGUUUGGGCGAUUUCACCACCCAUGUCCGAUCUUUCGAAAGCCUCUCUGUGCUUACUUUGGAUGAAAAUGGCUUGGAGAACUGGCAGGAUUUGAUGCUGAGUUUGAAGUUGUUUCCGCGACUUCAGCACCUCAACCUCAGAAGAAAUAGACUCAAGAUUACUCCUGUCGAGGAUCUUGCCAUGGUCCUCAAAUCUGUUCACCAUCUCGGCCUCGUGGGAAACCUGAUUACACAAGGCAGUGAAAUCGAUGAUCUACGAGACUGGUUCCCCGAAUUAUCUUCCCUCUUCCUCGAUGGCAACCCCCUAUAUGAUGCACGAGAUCUGCGGGAGAACCGACUGCUAGCAUUAGCUCGCUAUCCAACGUUGAUUUAUCUAGAUGGCAGCCAGGUCAAACCUGCCGAAAGAACGGAAGCAGACUUGUUCUACUGGUCAAUAAUCAAAAAAGAUCCCAUAAAUCCGGAUCAACGGCACACAUCACACCGGAGAUAUCCGGAACUGCUGGCGAGAUUCGGGCUUCCAGAAUCUAAAUCGGACAAUACGCGUAACAGUUCACUGAAAGCCAAAAUGCUAAACCUCACAGCUGUCUUGCCAGGUAGUACAUCGAUCGAUCAUCGCCAGAGCAUCGAAGUUUUGCCGAGUAUGACGGCUCGGGGAUUGAAGAUGUACUUGGCGAAGAUGAUUCGACGAGGCUCCCACUCCACCCAGAGUGUCUCCGACCUUCUUGCAACGCUGGAGGUGCGUGUGAAAGAUAAGGAUAAUGGGACCAGUCAGGUAGUAGAUUUCUCGGAUCCGCAGCAAGACCUCGGAUGGCUUGGCAUUUCUGAUGGCGAUACCCUGGAGGUAUCUUUCUAA